AUGGCGCAGUCACGAGACCAGCUUAUCAUGCUCCCGGAAAUCGAGGAACUGACCCCAGAGUGUAACAUCGACGAAGCUAAUGUCGGUGUCCCAGGGGUCACAACUCCGGAGAUGGAAGCCAAGAUGAGAAGGAUCCUGAAACGUCAUCGAAGCAUCUUCCUGGGAGAUGGUAACGCAGCUCCAGCCCCGGCUAGGGGCGCGGUGUGUGACAUCGACGUUGGUGAUGCAAAAUCAGUGGCUUUACAUGCGAGGCAGAUUGCCGCACCUUUCUUGGUGAAGGUGUUUGAACUCCUGAAGAAGUUGUUGGAGGCAGAGCUCAUUGAGCAUUCAGAGUCUGAGUGGUCAUCGCCUAUUGUGAUUGUGCUGAAGAAAAACGGCAUAGACAUCCGAAUGUGUAUUGACUACCGACUUCUGAAUCUGCUCAUAAAACUAUCUCGCUAUCCUCUACCCUUGAUCGAUGACCUGCUGGUAGACAUCAAAUCCGCGAUGUGGUUUAUGAGUCUCGAUAUGGCAAGUGGAUUCUGGGCGGUGCGAAUGACCGAACGUGCGAAGUUGAUCUCUGCGUUCGUCUGCCCAAUGCCCUUUGGAUUGAAGAAUGCACCGCUAAUCUAUCAGGGCAUCAUCAAUAAGUGUCUGUGGGGAUUCGUCCGGCUACCUCCUCCCGAAGAGGAAGCGAAGGUUGACUCAGAAGUUCUGGAGUUUCUGAAUCUCGAGCCACAAAAAGUCCUGAAACCUGGAGUGGAUAUGAGGGAUUCAGGUAUCCCAUCACUGGACAUGACCGUAUUCCGACGCAAUAUCCCGGCUCCAUCACAAAUGGGUCCGGUCUUAGGAAGAAGCUCGUAUAUUGACGAUAUCGCUCAUGGGGCGUCGACCUGGGACCAACUAUUAAGUGCGGACGGAAUCAGAGCCUUGCCAAAGAUUGUCAAAGGCACAGAGGACUUACCGUUCCCGUCGACGUACAAAGGAGUGCAGUCCUUCUUAGGAAGUCUGAAUUAUUACAACAAGUUUAUUGAAGACUUACCUGUAGUUGCCGCUGUGCUCUACGAAUUAGACGAGGAACGUGUACGUGCUGGACGGAACCUGGGAGCCGCAAAGGAGUCUUUCGAGAUACUGAAACGUAACAUCGUGUCGACCCCGUUGCUGCGACAUCCAGACAGAAGCAAGCCUUUCGUGAUAAUUCCGCAUGCCAACCCGUGGGCGUCGUGUGCAGUUCUGGGUCAGGAGCAUGAAGGACUCAUACAUCCAGUACGAUUUACUGGCAGAGUGUUGAAGGAAUCAGAGCUACGUUACCACAUAGCUGAGAAGGAAGUGCUCGCAAUCUUGCGGACUCUGGAGGUUUUCAGAUCUCUGAUCCAUGGAUCAGAAUUCCCAUGGGGGCUGGAACUAUCGAAAUGGACACUGGAAAUCCAUCGGACUCAGAAAGAUGAGGACGGCCUAGCCGCCAUCCUGGGGUCUGGUAUUACUCCCAGGGUACAUUUAGAUGAAGUUGCGGAGACUCUGAUUCCCGCCAAGGGGCGUCUGAAAGUGAUGCCAGUGAGUCUGGAAAUGUUGGAAGCAGACUACCAAGGCUACGUUCUGAGUUUUGAUGGCGCUGCGAAGGUUUCUACUCGCCGAGGAAGUUGUGGAUGCAUACUGUGGAAGCUGCCAGGGUGGCAGGUUGUGAAAGCCGAAGGAUACAUCCUUGAAGGCGUAACAGUCAACGAUGCUGAAUACCAUGGUCUGAUUCUAGGAUUAAAGCUCGCUAUGAAGUACAAUGUCAAGGAGCUUGUGGCAGUCGGUGAUUCCCGAAUCAUCGUCCAACAAGCUCAGGGUUUGAUCAAUUGCAACCCGCCUAUCCUGCAACGACGCUUAGCUGAGUACGAGGAUCUCAGGAAGAAUUUUAUGUCUGUGAAGUUGAUUCAUGUUAAACAUGAGUUCAACCAAGCAGCCGACUACCUGACCUCUAAGACUCUCGUGCUGGGAGAAUCCUGGGAGCUCGAUGACCCUGAUGAGAUAGUGCAUCUACGCCUCGUGUCCAGAAUUCCUGAAAAGAUCAUGAAGCCUUCGGAAAUCCCAGGCACCCCUGGGACAGAUGUGGUUCGCUCUGACCAAGUUGAACUCGGGGCGGAUAGCUCUGAUGCUGGAAUACCAGAGUCUCUGGCUACCGCGGCUGAGGCAUUGAUGGUAAUGACGAGGUCACGAGCGGAAGCGGAUGCAAGUUCUCGGACUCCUGUAGACCUGUCUGGAUACCAGGACGAACGCUGGAGGAGAAUUAAGGUUCACCAAGACGAAGACUUGUGGAUACAACAAAUGAAGAAGAUCCUAAGAGGAGACGUGUCAGAUCUCCCCCGGAAUCAGGUAAAGAAGAUUGCGAAGAUCUCUGAUCAGUUUGUGUUAGAUUCGCGAGAAGUUCUCUACAGACUGAGUACGCCCACUCCUGAGAGACCUUGCAACAAACAGUCGGAACUCAGGCUGGUGGUCCCAGAGGCUUUACGUGCUGAUAUGCUACACUACUCCCACGAAGAUUUUCAAGGCGGCCACCAAGGAAUCAACAGGACGUUUGAGCGAUUACGUUCAGAGUUCUACUGA